CGUUUAGCCUCAGUUACAGAUGUGUCACAUUCAUUCAGAAUUUGCAACAGGCGGUCGCCGUUUGAUGUUUGGACAUUUCCCCUGAUAUGGCCGCCGCCAACCAAUGACUUCCCCUGCGGCUCGCAUCAAAGGGGAGGAUGGACCAAUCAGCCUCUCUGAAGUUCCCACUCGCUGAUGGUCAGUCCCUGUGGUCUAUUUAUUACAGUCCCAAAGAAGCAACGGGACAGCUUCACCUGUCUGUUGUCUUAUUCACACGGCACAUGAGGGGAAAGAGAAAGGGAUCUGUUGUUUACGCACACACAGAGAGAGGCCUUGUCAGGACGCGUUGUUCACUCUGGAGUUCUUGGAGAGAAUGACCUCAACUAUCGGCGAGUGUACAGGGAAGACGGUGCAGUACCGAGUUGAUCACCUUCUGACAGCAGUUGAAAAUGAACUCCAAGCCGGCAGUGAAAAGGGAGACCCAACGGAGAGGGAUUUAAAAGUUCGCCUUGACGAGUCUGUGUUGUGGACCAGAUUUAAGGAGCUUACUAAUGAAAUGAUAGUGACCAAAAAUGGAAGGCGGAUGUUCCCCGUGUUGAAAGCGAACGUGUCUGGGUUGGACCCGAACGCAAUGUACUCCUUUCUGCUGGAUUUCGCGGCCGCUGACAACCACCGCUGGAAGUACGUGAACGGCGAGUGGGUGCCCGGGGGCAAGCCCGAGCCGCAGGCCCCGAGCUGCGUCUACAUCCACCCGGACUCGCCAAACUUCGGCGCGCACUGGAUGAAAGCCCCUGUCUCCUUCAGCAAAGUCAAACUUACCAACAAGCUCAAUGGGGGCGGACAGAUCAUGCUGAACUCUUUGCACAAAUAUGAGCCGCGUGUCCACAUUGUUCGGGUUGGCGCACCCCAGAGGAUGAUCACCAGUCAUUCAUUCCCUGAAACACAGUUCAUCGCUGUGACUGCCUACCAAAAUGAGGAGAUCACUGCCCUCAAAAUCAAAUACAACCCCUUCGCCAAGGCUUUUCUGGAUGCCAAAGAAAGAAGUGACCACAAAGAUUUAACAGAGGAUGCACAUGACCAACAGUCCAGUUACUCUCAGUUGAGUGGCUGGUUCCUCCCUGGCUCUGGGUCCCUGUGCUCCCCUGCCACGCCCCAUCCCCAGUUCGGAAGCUCCAUGUCCCUCUCCUCUUCCUCCUCCUCCUCUUCCUCCUCCUCCCAUGGGUGUGACCGCUACUCUGCCCUCAGGAGCCACCGCUCUGCACCAUACCCCAGCCAUUACAGCCACCGCGCGGGGUCGCCUACCGGCUACUCUGAGAGUUCCCCAGCGUGUCUGUCAGUGCUGCCAGCAGAUAACUGGUCCAGUCUUCCCAUGAGCACCCACUCCAGCAUGUUGCCUGUCAAUCACAGCACAAGCCCCACCUCCGGCUCCAGCUACUCCAGCCUGUGGUCAGUGGGUGGGUCCUCCCUGGCCCCAGUGUCCCAGUCUGGAGGCCUGGCGGGCGGCCUGGGUUCCCAGUUCCUCCGCGGCUCCACCAGCCACUACCCAGGCCUGUCCCACCACCACCACCACCACCCCAUCACAGCCACAGUGCCCUCUGCUGGCUCACCCUUGUAUGACAGUGCCACAGCCGCAGACCUGCCUCACGACGCGGCACAGUACGACUCGUCACCACACCUGAGGCUCCCCAGCGCAUGGACACCUGUCACACCCCCCUCUCUGUAGACACACACCUUUCACAUACACACACACACACAUACACACACACACACACACACACACACACACACACACACACACAC